AUGGCGAACAUCCUACGACAGGGUCUGGGUGUGGCACGGACCGCCCUCCAGUAUCAGCAGCGCCGGUUUGCCGGCAACCUGCCGGUGAAGCCGAACAAGUUCGUGGAGGAGUGGGCGACGCGCCGUGAGCUCAUCGAGCAGGAGUUCAAGUGGGACAGGAAGACCAUGACGCAGGUCCUGACCUUCGGUCUCCUAGUGCCCUAUGCCAUAUACUCCGUGACGGUGAUGGAGUAUGAGCACGCCGAUGACUUUGCCAAGCGCCCCAAGCGCGAGGUGUGGGGUGGCAGCGAUGCCUAA